UCUCAUUGUUUCAGGGUAAUAGUAUAGACGGAUGACACUCACCGUUUUUCUUUAAUGUUUUAGCAGGGAGGCUUAGAUUAAUGCAGUGCACAUACGUCUAGAAAGAGUUUAAUUUUAACAUGUUGAAAACGUACAGCAGAAAAACGCUGCUCUCCAUCGCGGGGGCGAGCGUCACCUGUCUGGCGCUGCUGUUGGUCGUAGCGCAGCAUCAGCGGAUUCAGGCGGACGGGAUGCAGAACGAGAGUGAGAUCGGACUGCGCUCGCUUCAGAGUCUGGGGGAACCGGAGGCCGAUGAUGGAGAGCAGGAGAGGAAGAAAGGAUUCUCUGCUUACUUCUCUAAGCUGACCCGCAGCAGGAGGGAUGCGGAUAAGCCCGGCGAGGCAUCCGGAGCGGCGACAGUCGCGCCGCCUGCAGAGGACAUCGGUGCCGACGACAUCUUCAUAGCAGUGAAGACUACCAAAAAGUUUCACCGCUCCAGACUGGAUCUGUUGUUGGACACAUGGAUCUCGAGGAACCUGCAGCAGACAUACAUCUUCACGGAUGGCGAAGACGAAGAACUGAAAAGGAGAAUCGGAAGUCACGCCAUCAACACCAACUGUUCUUCGGCACACAGCCGUCAGGCUCUUUCCUGCAAGAUGGCAGUCGAGUACGACAAGUUCAUCGAGUCUGGCAAAAAGUGGUUUUGUCAUGUGGAUGAUGACAACUAUGUGAACGUCAAGACCCUGGUGAAGUUGCUUUCUAACUAUCCUCACACUCAGGACAUGUACAUUGGCAAACCCAGCCUGGACAGACCUAUCGAAGCCACAGAAAGACUCGGUGACAACAAGAUGAGACCUGUGAACUUCUGGUUCGCUACAGGAGGGGCAGGCUUCUGUGUCAGCCGGGGUCUGGCUUUAAAGAUGAGCCCAUGGGCAAGUGGAGGCCAUUUCAUGAACACAGCCGAAAAGAUCCGUCUCCCUGAUGACUGUACCAUUGGCUACAUCGUGGAAUCGGUUCUAAGUGUCCCUCUGACACGAAGCAGCUUGUUCCACUCCCACCUGGAGAACCUUCAACAGGUGUCCAAAUCAGAAGUACACAAACAGAUAACACUGAGUUAUGGAAUGUUUGAGAACAAGAGGAACAUUAUCAACAUGAAAGGGGCUUUCUCUGUUGAUGAGGACCCAUCCAGAUUUAAGUCAGUUCACUGUCUGCUGUAUCCAGACACUCCGUGGUGCCCUCCUCAGGUUGCCUAUUAAGGUGACCGGCUCCUCUUCUGUAUCCUCGUCCCUAAUUGCCUCGGUAUCUGAAAGGCAUAUGGGACCAGUGUGGUAUUAGGCUGUGUGACCACUGCGUUUGUUCUGCAGCGGCACACGGCCUUUCGUGGUAAUACUGAGCUGCUGUGCGGCUCACCUUAAACAUUUUCUUCUCGCAUGGUGCCUGAGCUUCCUGUCCAACCCGGACUCGACGGAGGAAGUCGGCUUUCAGCGCCAAGCUUCGCAGGCAAUCAACUGUGCUUUAUGUCAUUACUAUUGCUUGAAUGCCAUUUGCAAUUCUCAUAGAAUGUAUGUUGUUAGAAUACUCCAACCUUUUGCCAGCUUUAUGUGCUUAGUUUUAAAAUUCGAAUUAGCAAAUUAGUUUUCUAUACUUAUUAUUAUCAUUUUUUUCUCUCGCUCCAAAUACGUUUCAGGAUGAUAUGUUCCCUCAGGUUGAAUUUGAUGAUAUCUUUUGAUGGUCUGCGUUUUAAAAUGCUCAGAUCAUCGUAAGUGAAAUUCUUGCUUUAUUAUUCAGUUCGACAUUGUUAAGGACUCCGGACAAAAUGAACAAGAUGAAGGUCCAUUAUUAGCAUAUUUUAUUUCUUUAACGUCAGUGUUAUUAUAAUUAUUUUUGCUGUUUUUUAUGAUGUGCUGGCAAUAGGCAAUUUUCCUAAUAUGCGUUCAGGUUAUCUUAAUCUGUGGUGUGUAAGGAUUGAGCACUUUUCCCUCAUUUUUCUGGUUUAAAUGUAUGAUGAUAAGCUGUGUGAAAAUGCCCCAAAUCUUUAGAUGUUUAUAUUAUUUAAUGCCAGUGCUAAAUGCACUGUUGCCAGACAGAUAUCAGAUUUUUGGCAUCCUUUAUUUUUUUAUUUAGAUUUGUUCAGAAAUACUUAAGUUGCACAGCUUGGUUUGUAAACUGUUUUUUGCUUAUGUAAAGUGUCUCUCUUAGCAAAAACUUACUGGCGUUCAGUCAGAUUGUCAACACAAAGUUAUGUACAUUGUUAAACCAGAUGGCAGUCUAAGACGUGUUUAUUGCAUGAUCCAAAUUCUCAGAUCCCUCGUGCACAGUGGGGUCUGGCCUAGAGCCACGGUUUUCCUCAUUCUUUUUAGAAGUUUGGCUGGCAUUCGGACAUCGCUAUGCCUGCUUUACAAAACACGUUAACUUGAGAGCUUUACAUGAGCAACUGCAGUGAUCCUUACAGAGUUUCUCUUUCUCUGUUGGAAUGACCCAUAUUGGGAGAGUCUGUAUAUUUUAGGUUAUAGCAGUAUUUAUGUACUGUGACAUUUAAAACAAUUGAAUUUGUACAAAAAUGUUUAGAUAUAUGUGAAUUAGGUCACUUAUGGAUCAGACCUAGUUCUGAUAUUUCUUGUAUUUUUUCUAUAAUGCUCUGAAUUUUGCUAUUGGCUGUAAUUUAUAUUCCAGUAUCUGGAUUCUUUGAUUGUUUAAAUGAUUUCCUCUCAGGGGUCACAUUCCUGAUAUUGUUACCAUGGGAUGCCUUGGUAAAGGCUUUUAAAUAAAGAAGCAUAUACGCUA